GAUGAAACAUUUGGAAUGAAGAAUAUUCGAAAGUGAUCUUGGGCAUACUUCGGCUUGUCAUCGCGCUGCAGCAGUCUCCAGGGGCUAUGAUGUGUGUGAGGAUAGCAAUGAUCCUUGUGUUGGUGGGCCUCGCUGCGGGACAGGUGCCGAAUGGGGUGCUGCCCUUCAUGCCUCGGCCACCAGCCACGGGCCCCUGCGCCGUGGUACCUGUCGUGCAGAAUUUCGACCUUCACAGGUACCUCGGCCGCUGGUACGAGAUCGAGCGCUUCUUCGCCCCUUUCCAGACUGGGGACUGCGUGACGGCGGACUACGGCCUGCUUACCAAUGGAUCCGUGUCUGUUGUCAACACGGAGGUGGUAGAAGGUGAACUAAACUCCGUGAGAGGGUUUGCAACACUGGGACCCAAUCCAUUAGAGGGAAGGCUGGUGGUCCAGUUCCCUUUUUCUUCUCAAGGUUCAUUUUCGCCGGAAGGCGAGCCAAACUAUACGGUGGUUGCCACGGACUACCACAACUAUGCUCUUGUCUACUCUUGUUCUACCUUCGGUCCUGAAAACAAAAUUGAGUUCUCGUGGAUCUUGUCUAGGACGCCCACUUUGCCGCCACAAUUCGUCUCUGCUCUGAAGGACUGGGCGUCGCAGGUGAACAUCGACGCGGCGCGUUACUCUCCCCUCAGACAGGACGCCUCGUGCCUGCGCCGUCCGCAGUAACGCCUCGUGUCCGCCAGUAGACCCAAGAAAUGGGCUGUGUUCUCCAAUUCCUACGCACACUUUCAAUUAGCAUUUACAUCAGAAAGAAAAUAAAAAGAAUAAAUGUAAAAAAAAAAAAAUAAAAAAAAAGAUUGGCACUUUCUUUGGCAAUACUUCAAUUCUUAUACCGAAUGUAAAUUUUCAGUUUGUUUGUUUGUUUGUUCGUUAGAUGCCACUACUAACUGUAAUGGUGCGUACCAAUCUUGGAAAAUUUAUUAAAUGUCAGAUUAUCUUCCACCACAUAAUUUAUGAAUUUAUAGAAUUUAUAGAGUAUUCAUUUCAGACUAUCAUAUACGGAAACAUGAAGCUCUGUAAUGUCCUGUCAUUACGAUACUAAAGUAAUACAUCAUUGUAAUAUUAACAAAAUUAAUUAGCACAACUAACAAGAUGGCUCCACGAUAAAACUGGCCAGCGACAUAACAGGCUGGGGCCGACCACCAAACCCCAAUUAGAUAAAUUAGUUUAUCACUGAAACAAUAACAUCAUGACCUUGGUCACGCCAUCCGUGCUUCCAGUGAAAAUAUCGCGCUGCCCUUAGCAUACCUGUCACCCGUUAGGCGUGACCACACAUAAGGAUUGAUGAGAGACGUCCGGUUUAUGUGACUUUUUUUAAUAAUUAUAUGUAGUUCUUAAUUUUGCAUGGCAAUUGAGUGUAUUAAAAUGGACAGCAGAAACACACAUGUAUGAUUUUUUAGAUACCUAAUACGAAUAUUUUUUUUAAAUAAAUACCUCAUCAUU